UGCAGAUAAUUUAAGGAGCCGGAUUCUGUCGCCUCCUUUUUGUCUGCCCUGAAAUCCCUUGUUUAAUCUGGACCGUUCAUCCAGAUCCAACGGCUAAGACCAACGCCACCUCCUGCAAGCCCUUAACAGAAGCGAAUAUACCUCUCUCCUCGCCGUCUCCAGCAUCUCAGACUCAUCAAGCAUCACCAAUCCAGUGGACCUGUUCAGAUAGUCGGGGAAGCAAGCUAUUGGAAGCCGUUGAGCACGGUGGAGAUUUUCUCAAGGGACGGUGGUGGACGGUGGUGCGGAGAAGGUGGGAUUUCAGGCCAUCGAUUUUCAUUCGGUUUCACGGACGUCGUAUUUUCCGUUUAUAGAAUAAGAGGGAGAAAGAUAAGGAAACAACAGUGCCAUCGCCUUAUCAAUUAUUCACUCACUCCCCAUACAUAUCGAAUUUAAUUAUUCAUUCUUUAAUGUAAUCAGAACUGGUUGAAUUUCGUUUUCCAAUUGUUUAUUUGCUUGUUUUAUAUAUUAAUCAUUCCUGUGUUCUUGCUGCUAAACUGUAGAUUUUCAUUUGCAAUUACAAAACUGUAACUUUUUAUUUUGUUUUAUCAUUUUUCGCUCGUAACAUAACUCCGAUCUUACAUUGUCUGUCCCAAGCCCGAUAAAGGAGGAGGGGGAUGGUGUGAGGAAGUCGACAUCCGCCACUCUUAUUUCACGUUGAAUACUUAUGAUUUUUCGCUCGUAACAUGUUCGAUAAAAUGCCUAGCUCAGUUGCGCGUCUUGGGUUGAGCACACAGUCGUGCCCUUUAGGCUAGCAUAACGGGAAAUGUAGAGAACUCAAGAACGCUGCUCGUCCCGUCCAUAUUUACCAAGAAAGGGUCAUGGCCCAGUGUCUUGUGAUUGUUAAGGUAGGCGGGUUUGGUUUCCUCCGUGGAUGUCUGCAAGAAUUUAACCAUCAGCAAACGCGUGGUCUUGUGAAUGUGAAGUUGAAAUGGGUGAAAGAUAGGGCAUUGGAUUUUGUUGUGGCUUCUGAGAGGGAUCUCAAGGCUGCCAGCAUUCUCGUUUCCGUUAUUUCUUCCUCACCUCAGUGCAGCCUCCCUGUAUACCGGCUCACUUGUCAUCGGGGACAACUCGGUCUUCCUCACGAUCUGAAGCUUGCUACUUUUAUUAGGAGGUACCCAUCUGUUUUUGUUGAGUCCUAUGAUUUUUGGGGCGGAGGCGCUCGUGUCCCAUGCUUUGGCUUGACUCCUGAAGCCCUACAACUACACCAAGAGGAACUCAAUGUUCUUGAGCAGAAUCGAAUGGAUUUCAUUAAUAGGCUUCGAAAACUGCUCAUGCUCACCCAGGCUUGGGCCCUUCCCUUACAAACCCUUGACCAACUGAAAUGGGACCUGGGUUUGCCAUAUGAUUACGUUCAUUCUGUGAUUCCAUAUCACUGCGACCUGUUCUCUUUUGUACACCUCCCUGAUGACCGUGUUGGCUUGAAGCUCUUAUCCUGGGAUAAGGACCUUGCUGUCUCCCAAUUGCAAAGGAACUCUGCCCGACAACAGAAGGAAGAAGACGUAAGAAGUGGCUUAGCUUUUCCAGUUGGAUUUACAAGGGGUUUUGGAUUGAAGAGGAAAUGCAUGGAAUGGUUGAAAGAGUGGCAGACCCUCCCUUAUACCUCUCCGUACUCCGAUGCCUCCCAUUUAGAUCCUCGUACAGAUGUAUCCGAGAAGAGGAUUGUAGGGGUCUUUCACGAGCUUCUUCAUCUAACUAUAAACAAGAAAACUGAACGUAAGAAUGUGAGCAACCUUCGCAAACCUUUGGCCCUACCUCAGAAGUUCACUAAAGUUUUUGAGCGCCAUCCAGGUAUUUUCUACAUUUCAAAUAAAUGUGCCACUCAAACUGUCAUUCUAAGGGAAGCCUAUGACCGUCAAAAACUAUUGCAAAAACACCCUACGGUCGAAUUGAGGGAAAACUUUGCAAAGCUGUUGAGAAAAGGGUUCCUAGAUAGGAGCAAAGGUUUGUACAAGAAAAAUAAAGGUGAUGGAAUAGAUGUGGAUCCAUAUGCUGAUGGUAUUGGUAAUAACCAAUUCAGUUCUGAAGAAGAGUCAGAUAAUUUGUUUUAUGAGUAUGACUCAGAUGAGCAACAUGAACCUAGGAUUCAUUUGUGAAGAGGGUUGGGUCGGGGUGAUUCAUCGCUUCUGGACACCAUAUGUGGGAUCAGCCUCAUGAUCACUGGCAAAAUUUUGCAAAUAAUGUCUUGCUUCAAAUCUUCUAAUUACACUCCACCUCUGUGUUUUGCAAUUGAGCCUAUUGAGACGAUUUUCUCUUCUGCAUUCUCAUUUUUUUGCUAUGCAAUCAUGGUGACCGCUUCUCAAUUGACAAUUUUGCAAUACGUAAUUGCAAAUCUCAUUCAAAAUGUCACAAAUUCUGUGAAUGUCAAACCCGAUGACGACAAUUAUCUGAAUUGGAAUUUUCAGCUGGAACUCUUGCAGCCUUUCUUCUAGGUCACAGGAUUAUUCAUUUUGUAGAUGGGUCCAAAGCAUGUCCUCCUCAAUUUCCUACUGGGUUAGAAAUCAAUUCAACUUGUGAAGACACUGAUGCAUAUCAGAUUUGGAAGAUGCAUGACAGGACCCUGAUGGAGCUGAUCAGUUUUACUCUCUUCUUCUGCAACUUCCUGUGUUAUAGGCAGUGACAGUGCUCCAGAAAUGUGGAUUAAUCUCGGAUAAUGGUUUGCAACUGUUACUUGAACAAGUAAUUUGCAAAAAGAUAUUUAAAAACGUCAGCAAAGGGUCCGAAUCUAUCAUUCAGCAUCUUCAAAGAAUUACAGAAGCAAGAGAUCGUUUAUUUCUGUCGUUGUUGGUGUGAAUUUUGCUGAUGAAGAUAAUGUAAUUCUUGCUCUAAUAGGGUGUCAGCCGAACACAGCACUUUUAUUAGGUAUGUGUUUAGAGGCCAGGAAAGUGCAAUUUCUCUCAAAGAUUAAAGGUCUAGGUUGCUUUCUAAAGAGGCAACUCUUGAUCAGAGUGUGAAAUCCCCUUGCUCUGUUACGGUAGCGAAGAAUCAAUCUAUGAUGCCUAAAGCUUCAUUCUUUCAUGCUGGUCCCAAGUUUUCAGAAGGCUAAUCAUUCUAUGGCGGUCACCAGGGUUCAAGUUAUAGAGUUCGUGGCAGAUGAAGAUUUUAUUUCAACACUAGCAGAAGAUUUCCUAGAGCGAAGCCUGCAUCUGUUCAUGGUAACCUCUGGUGCUGCUAAAGCACAGUUUCCUGUUUCAGAAAAAGGGCACUAUGCUUCAGGUUGUUAUCGUAGACAUGCAAAUCACUCUUCUCAAUCGCCUUCUGUUGCAUCGAACCAUGCCAUAUAUGUCGGAAGAUUGGGCAUACUGCUCCCGUUCUCAUUGAUUUUUCACAACGACGACUACACAAAGCAACGAAAGGUUCCUCCUCCGACCAUCAUUGACUGCUACGAGUGCCAAUGCAACGAUUGCACCAUGCUCCUGCAGGAUUGCUGGGUUACGAGUUCCGGUGCCACAUAACGUAUGAAUCAUAUGAUGCAGAUUUCUCAAAUUCAUCUUUUGGCAACACCAUUACCAUAUGCCUCAAGCAAUUACAACUGCCAGUGGCUCAGGUUUCUGAAAGAUGUAUAGUUUCUUCAACCGGGAACUUGCAUCUCAUACUGCAUAUUUUUGUUCUUUGUUCACUUUUGAAAUUGAAUUCGUAAAUUUCAUUUGGUUGCUCCAAUUAUUUGAAAUUUAUUUAUUCACAUAAAAUUUGUGCCCCUCGGUUGAAGGAUGGUUAUCUUCUUUGUUAUUAGUAUCAUCCCUUUUAGUGUAACGAUGUAUUUACGUUCAGAGAUGAGGAAGUUAUUUGGUAUCGAACUCGUCAUUCACAAUAUUCGAAUCUAA